AUGAAAUACUUAGCUGCUUACUUAUUGUUAGUCCAAGGUGGUAACGACGCCCCAUCCGCUGCCGACAUCACCAGCUUGUUGGAAUCCGUCGGUGUCGAAGCCGAAGCCUCCAGAAUCUCCACUUUGUUGGCUGAAUUGGAAGGUAAGUCCGUUGCUGACUUGAUCCAAGCCGGUAACGCCAAGUUGGCUUCCGUCCCAACCGGUGGUGCUGCUGCUGCCUCCUCUGGUGCUGCUUCUUCUGGUGCUGCUGCUGAAGACGCUGCCGAAGAAAAGGCUGAAGAAGCCAAGGAAGAAUCCGAUGACGACAUGGGUUUCGGUUUGUUCGAUUAG